AUGGCUAGACAAUUGCGAGUACUACUUGCCCAAAACUCUACAUUAGCAGCCCGCGCUAUUCUUAAUGAAACGCACAUUCAUGCAAGACUUGCAUCCACGAUUUUAGAAGUCCGGCCUUGCCUUCCAGUGACGAAUUUCUCUUUCAUUUCUAAAUCUGCCAUUGAUAAUGACACGUGUUACGAAUUUCCGCCCAUCGAGGUGAGAGUAUCUUAUCACUCCAUUCAAGGAUUCUUAGACCCAACUACAAUGAUCGUAUCUCAAUUCUCUAAAACAAUUUCGUGUAGCCUUUCACGCUACGUUCCAGUUCAAAUACUAGGUAAUCUUUACCAAGUGGACCAAUUGAUUGGCACCACAACUAUGAUACCUAAAUCACAGAUUUCAUCAAUUAGUAAUAGCGCCUUCUCACUUUUACAAUCUCUUCAAGCCUUACCCAAUAUUCCAACUACUAUCUUCCAUCAUAUGUUAAUUAGCAACUUAACCGAAAGCUUCCCAUCUGUUCAUCUGGCUGCGGCCGCGCACUAUAUGAGUAUCCAACAAACGAUUAACGAGCACAUGUCGCGAAUAACAAUGCAUGGUGAGGAACCUUCUGCCGCUCAAGGAUCAAUAUUUGAACAACUCAGAGUAUUCACAAUGUUUGAAUUACUAUGGAACGUCUGGAUAUCUACAGUCUCCUUCAUAAUUACAAUUAAGUUAAUCAGUAAAGCGUUUGUGCGAUUGAUAGUUCCUAACCUUCUCAAAACUUGGCAAGUUUUGCGUCGCGAGCAACGUGAGCAGAAUGACUCCGCUGGAACCAACAUUGACAUUGUCAUACAAACUGCUGGUGCAGCGACAGAAUUAAGAUCAUCUACUCCGCAAGACAAGCGCUCAAAACAAAACUUUUGGCCACCGCGCAUAUCUAUCCCUAACUCCAUAUCAGACGUAGCUACUUUAGGUAAUACGUUCAGUGCGCAAAUUUGCAGGAAAUUGAAUCAAAUAUACUGCAGCUUCCUGAUAGAUACAGGAUCAGCAUUGACGCUAACCUCCUCUGAUUGGAUUGAUACUCUCGGCGUAUCAAUGACCCCUGACGUGAGCGAUGCGAUAGGUGUCUCGGGGCAUACAUUGAAUAUCAAGGGUUUUGCCAAAGUAAACUUCACGAUAGCCAACAUUACAACUCAAGGUAAUCUAUACUUCACUGAUAACUCGUAUAUUCGAAAGACGUCAUAUGACGUUAUAAUAGGUUGUGACAUUAUGAGGCACUUUCCACCCUUCGCAAUCGAUAUCAAUAAUGGAUUACUUACAAUAGGAGGAACCCGCCUACGAUUAGGCGAUCCGCGAAUAGUAAAACUAACCAAUAGCUCUGUCCGACUGAGUAGUAAUACGACGAUACCUCCCAACACUGAAAUGUUUGUAAACUGCAUUAUCGAUGGAAAUGUAUCCCAGCGUACGGAUGGAUUCCUGAUCGAGACCAUUGAUCCACGGUUAUAUGACUUGGCGAUAACUCCUGGUAUUAUCAGACCCAUCUCGGGUGAUGUUCGGAUACUCAUUUCCAACCCAAGUAAUCAUCCCAUCAACUUAUAUAAGAAUACUAGAAUCACUUCAGCAUCGGAGAUCAUAGAAACAGGAGCCCGUGACCUCUCCUAUUCGGCCAUUACCUCCGAUCCUAAUCCCAAGGAUAUCAUCGUGAGGGCCUUACUGGGGAUGGGUGAUCCUGUCGCAUUGAUAGAAGACGACAGUAGCCUCAUCACCACCACGUUGAACACAUCUCAACAACGUGUUCUUCGAUGCCUAAAUGGCAACACCACUAUCUUAUUUCAACAAGCACCGGCUGGUACCGGUAAGACGUUUUUUAUUGCUGCUUAUGUCAAAGAACGUUUGCAGACAUUACCUACAUCUGGUGCCAUGCUCGUCACUGCAACCACUAAUGCUGCAGUUGCUAAUUUAGCCGACGCCAUCUUGACUAUUCAGCCUGACCUAUCGCGACAUACACUCCUAUUCAUGCAGUCGCUCACGGCCGAGAAACGACACGCGGACGGCCCGGCCACCAGAGAUCAGUAUCGAUUGCCGGAGAUCCUUGACGAUGCCGUUCAACAAAACCUCAUUACGAAUCCCACGGAUCUCCACUUCGCUCGACGGUACAUUGCCCGUCGACUGAGCCAUGAUGGCCGCCCCGAUCGCGAAGAUAGAGCCUUAAAACUGGUACUAUCCAUUGGGCAGUACAAGAUUUUUGUUAUGACCAUUGCGAUGGCAGAAAAUCUUCAUCGCGUACUAUGGCCCUUCAUCACACACUGCAUUAUAGAUGAAGCCGGUCUCGUGCCCGAUGCUCAGUUGUAUGGCCUUAUGCCAAGCAACUGCCAGCCUACAAGGCCAACAUCCUUGACAAUCUCGUUCCAUAUGGCUUCAUGGGUGCGGUUCAAACGAUAAUGAGAAGGCAAACUAUUCCCAUUAUUUCGCUGGACAUGAGCUACCGCUCACACCCGAUUCUCACCCGAUGUCUCUCGAGCAUGUCAUAUGAAAACGCACUCGUUGCGGCGAUUGAGAGUGGCGAACGACCAAAACUGGUCACCUCCACAUUACCACUUCCUAUUCAGCAUGUACCAGUCUUGGUUCUGCAUCUUGAAGGCGCUGACGACAUGAACUUCCUCAGGUCACGCCAUAAGGCGUUCCAAGAAUUAGCCGCACAGGCUAUUACAACUAAGUUAUUAGAGACAGAUAUCAUGGUACUCUGUUUCUACUCCGCCACGCGGGAUGCUCUGCGAGAUAUACUGGCAGAAUCGAACAUUUCUGUCCACACAAUUGACGGCUUCCAAGGAAAAGAAGCUGCCAUAGUAAUUCUGGUCACCACCCGCAUUAUCUCUGAUCAGCAGCGCAUCACUGUCGCGCUCUCCAGGGCCAGAGAUGGCCUCAUCAUUAUCGGUGAUAUUCUCUCUUUAAUCCGAUCACGUUCUUGGAAAACGUAUCUGAGCGAAGUAGUUAAUGACUGCUAUAUACUGGCCAUAUCAUAUGACCAGAGUCGGUCUUUGCAAAAAGGGAAGUGUAAACAUUGCACUUUUCGAAUUCUUUUCGAAUUCCCAAAAUAUGCAAUGAAAAGAUCAGAUCAAAAGAUAAAUGCAUGA